AUGCUUGAUAGUGUUAAAAAAACAGGACAAUUGAUAUUAAUGGAUGAAAAGUUAAUUGAACUCUUGGAAGACCUCUCAGAUUCUCAAAAUGACGAUGAGAAAAUAUUGAAUGUCAUGCUAAAACGGUGCAUGAAGGCACCGAUAUCAGAGUUGAAGAUUUUCUUUGAAGAGUUGUCACAGGCUCUGCAUCGUUUUCCAAAGGUUUAUCUGCCAUCUAUUCAAACCCUUGUUUUUCAUUUCCGUAAUAAUUCUUCGCGAACCAUUUUACGUCCUGAUUUGCAAGAUGGCGCAAUGGAAGUAUUGAUUUCGGAGGUACAUG